AUGGGAAACGAUUCAACCAAACCGUUUAAUGGUUUAUUUUCUUACGUUUCUUCGCUUCUUACCUUUUUCAUUGUCAUAAAGUUAAGUGAAGAAAUUGUAAAAUAUGUUGCACUUGUACUUUUACGUCAUCAUCAAUUAUUAAAAUUCCCAGCAACGGACAAGGCUGUUUGGUGA